AUUUAAUUUUCUUUUAAAAAUAAAAAACAUACCAAAAAACAAUCCAAAUUCCCAAAAUAAAAACUCAUCUCAUCUUCCCCCGUCUCCCUUAUUCCCAUUCCCCAUUUUCCUCUUCUCUCCCUCAUAUACUCUCUCUUCAACACUAUCAACAACAAGCUCUUUUUCUCAUCUCAUUUUUUUUCAGUUCUUUGAAUAGAAUGAAGUAAAUGAAAACACAACUAACCUUCUUCUUCUCAGAAGAAGAUAAUGACUCACAAUCAUCAUCAAGAACAAGACAAGCAACAACAUCAAGAAAAUAUACCAUUUUCAUUAGAUGCUUUGUACUGUGAAGAAGAUGAUCUUUUCACUGAAGGAGAAAUAGAAAGUUCUCCACAUGACUUAUUAUGGGAAGAAGGAGAACUUACCACUUUGUUUACUAAAGAAACAGAAAGUAAAAUAAACUACAAUUUGUUGGAAAAGAACCAGUGUUUAAUUUCAGCAAGAAGAGAAGCAGUUGAAUGGAUACUCAAAGUCACUGGUUAUUACUCUUUUGCUGCACAAACUGCAUUUCUUGCAGUUAACUACUUUGAUAGGUUUCUUUUAACCUUUGAUCAGUUAAAGAAUCAUAAACCAUGGAUGAGUCAACUUGUUGCUGUGGCUUGUCUUUCACUUGCUGCUAAAGUUGAAGAAACUGAAGUUCCUCUUCUUCUUGACCUCCAAGUUGAGGAAUCAAGAUUUGUGUUUGAGCCAAAGACAGUUCAGAGAAUGGAGCUGUUGGUACUGUCUACACUAAAGUGGAAGAUGAAUCCAGUGACCCCAUUUUCAUUUCUUGAUUUUAUUACAAGGAGGCUUGGAUUGAAGAACUUUUUAUCAUUGGAAUUUCUGGGGAGAUGUGAGAAGGUGCUUCUCUACGCAAUUACUGAUGGUAGAUUCAUUGGUUACCUGCCUUCUGCAAUGGCUUCUGCCACAGUGCUACAUGUUCUUGAUAGGCUACAGCCUUGCAUUGGUGAGAAGUACCAAGAUCAACUUUUGGGCAUCCUUGGAAUUGUCAAGGACAAAGUGGAAGAAUGUUACAGGCUAAUACAAGAGGUGGCUUGCAACAUUGAUUUUCAUCAUUCAAAUAAAAGAAAGUUCGGGACAUUGCCAGGGAGUCCAACAGGAGUAAUGGAUGUGUCAUUUAGCUCAGAUUACUCCAAUGACUCAUGGUCAGUGGCUACAUCAUCAGUUACUUCUUCACCUGAGCCAUUGUCCAAGAAGACUAAGGAGUCAAGAGAAUGACCAAUUCAACUCUAUAGAAGGAUAUAUUCUUAAAUGUCUUUUAAAUAUAUUUCCUUAAUAGACUUUUAGUAAUCCAUCUUCCACUUGGUUAUUACAUAUGUCAUAUGUAUAAUGUCCAAUAACAGUGCUCUACUUAUCUCUAGCUAAGUACUAUUAAGUUCUAGUUAUUAUCACAUGUUAAUUUGCUUACCAUCUUUACAUUUUGAGAAUUAUCACAGCUAGCUGGGUAAUGGUCCAUUUUAAUUAAUGGUGUACCGUCUAUAGUGGGGCUAUGAGAUUUUGUACCUUGUAUGUAAAGAUGGUUGGCAUUUUAUCCUGAGGAAAUAAAAAAACAAAAAAAAAAGCGUAUUAAAGGUAAA